AUGGGCAUCAAUAAACCCUUGAAAUUUUCCAACAAAUUGAAUUCUGAGAAUUCACCGAAUUCUUUUUCGGCCGUUACUUCCGAGAUUCCAUCAUUUCCUCGUGUUCCACUUUAUACUUGUAAGGGCGAAAAUUGUAAUAUUAAAUGCCCACCUCAUACUAGAAAAUGUUCUGAAUGUGGCGAUCACAAUUAUUUGGCUAGACGUAUAAUUAAUCGAAAGUAUUACGCUAGUCAGAAAUCUCGUUUAAAUUCUGAGAAUUCAAUUUCUUCAAUAAAUAAAUCAUUUGAUUCCAUCAAUGACAUGGAUUUGAAAGAAAUUUGGAACAAUGCUUGGUCAGAAAUUCUUGAACAUCAGUAA